AUGCCUCCACCUCGAGCUCACGGAAACAACAACCAACCUCAACCCGUUGAUCCGUUACAUAAGAAGGUAUCCCAUACUGAAUUUUGGGCAGCUUUUCAGAUGCUAGCCCAGGCAGUUACCACCAAUACUCACACCAAUGCUUCACCUCUGCAGGAAAAUAAUUCAGCAGCAGCACUAAUUCAUGACUUUAUGCAGAAGAAUCCGCCAAAGUUUUAUGGGUCGAGAGCAGGUGAAAACCCACAGAUGUAUAUUGAUGAAAUGAAGAAAAUUACACAGAUUAUGUAUGUGACCAAAGAAGAAUAUGUGGAGCUGGAUUCUUAUCGGUUGAAGGAUGUUUUCUAUGACUGGAUGCAGAUAUGGAAUAAGGGUAGAGAGGAAGAUACUGCUCCAUCGACUUGGCAGGAGCUCGAGAAUAGGUCGGUACCUUCCAGGUCUCAGGACAGUGUAAACAACCGGCCUCAUCCUCCUUCAUGCGCUAAGUGUGGUAAAGACCAUUUUGGGGAGUGUUAUAUGGGGCAGUGGGGCUGUUUUAGUUGUGGAAAGUUGGGCCACAUACUUAAAGACUGCCCGUAUACCAGACAGCAGAGUCGUGAUGCCCGUCCCCCAAGUCAGGCUACCAGUGCGCCCCCUCCUGCAGCUCUUCCAGUCCCUCCUAAGGGUGCUUCAUCUAGUACUGCUGGCGUUUAA